GAAAAAGGAAAAUUCAGAGAAUCAAAUCGGAAAGGUAGAAGAAUCGGAGUCGGAAAAAUGGAAACGACGAAGAGUAACAACACCGAUUCCGAUGUCAACGCCAAAUGGGACGCUUGUCUCGAUCUCACUGCUCGUCGCUUUGUCUACUCCUCCCUCGGCGGCGCUUUCGCCGGUCUUCUCUUUUUCAGGAGUCCGGUUACUAGAUGGGCUUCGAUUGCUUUUGGUGCUGGAAUCGGUAUUGGUUCUGCAUACACAGAUUGUUCUCGUGUUUUUGAUGCAUCGUCUUCAACUUCAGCUACUUUAUUAGCAGCUCCCAAGACUACAGAGACUUCUGUAUCUCAGGCAGCAGAAGAGUAAAGACAAUGAUGAAGCUUGAAGGUAAAAACCCAAACAAACAUUGAUAGGGUUUAACAUUACGAAACGGAUGUUGAUCUUGGAGGACAAGGCUUUUUGAGAUAUAUGCCAUUGUUAAAAACCUUUUGCUUCUCAGUGAUUUUGUACACUGAUGUCAAAAAUGUUAUUGACCUACUCAUUGUUUUCUUUUAUGGAAAAAUCUUAUGUUCUUCUCUUACUUGAGAAAUAAUUCCUCCGUUUUGAU